AUGCCUACCCAGAGGGACAGCAGUACCAUGGCUCACCCGAUCGCAGGCGGCGGCAGCGGAGAUCAUUCUCACCAGGUCCGGGUUAAAGCCUACUAUCGCGGGGAUAUCAUGAUAACACAUUUUGAACCUUCAAUCUCCUUUGAGGGCCUUUGCAGUGAGGUUCGAGACAUGUGUUCUUUUGACAAUGAACAGCUUUUCACCAUGAAAUGGAUCGAUGAGGAAGGAGACCCGUGUACAGUAUCAUCUCAGUUGGAGUUAGAAGAAGCCUUUAGGCUUUAUGAGCUAAACAAGGAUUCUGAACUCCUGAUUCAUGUCUUCCCUUGUGUACCAGAACGUCCUGGAAUGCCCUGUCCAGGAGAAGAUAAAUCCAUCUACCGCAGAGGUGCACGCCGCUGGAGAAAGCUUUAUUGUGCAAAUGGCCACACUUUUCAAGCCAAGCGUUUUAACCGGCGUGCCCACUGUGCUAUCUGCACUGACCGAAUAUGGGGACUUGGACGCCAGGGAUAUAAGUGCAUCAACUGCAAACUCCUGGUUCAUAAGAAGUGCCACAAACUUGUCACAAUUGAAUGUGGGCGGCAUUCUAUGCCACCGGAACCAAUGAUGCCCAUGGAUCAGUCAUCCAUGCAUUCAGACCAUGCACAGACAGUAAUUCCAUAUAAUCCUUCAAGUCAUGAGAGUUUGGACCAAGUUGGUGAAGAAAAGGAGGCAAUGAACACCAGAGAAAGUGGCAAAGCUUCAUCCAGUUUAGGUCUUCAAGAUUUUGAUUUGCUUCGGGUAAUAGGCAGAGGAAGUUAUGCCAAAGUAUUAUUGGUGAGGUUAAAAAAAACAGAUCGUAUUUAUGCAAUGAAAGUUGUGAAAAAAGAAUUGGUCAAUGAUGAUGAGGACAUUGAUUGGGUACAGACAGAGAAGCAUGUUUUUGAGCAGGCAUCUAAUCAUCCUUUUCUUGUUGGGCUGCAUUCUUGCUUUCAGACAGAAAGCAGAUUGUUCUUUGUCAUAGAGUAUGUAAAUGGAGGAGAUCUAAUGUUUCAUAUGCAGCGACAAAGAAAACUUCCUGAAGAACAUGCCAGAUUUUACUCUGCAGAAAUCAGUCUAGCAUUAAAUUAUCUUCAUGAACGAGGGAUAAUUUAUAGAGAUUUGAAAUUGGACAAUGUAUUGCUGGACUCAGAAGGACAUAUCAAACUGACUGACUAUGGCAUGUGUAAGGAAGGAUUACGGCCAGGAGAUACAACCAGCACUUUUUGCGGUACUCCCAAUUACAUUGCUCCUGAAAUUUUAAGAGGAGAAGAUUAUGGUUUCAGUGUCGACUGGUGGGCUCUUGGAGUACUAAUGUUUGAGAUGAUGGCAGGCAGAUCUCCAUUUGAUAUUGUUGGAAGCUCGGAUAACCCUGAUCAAAACACAGAGGAUUAUCUUUUCCAAGUUAUUUUGGAAAAACAAAUUCGCAUACCACGCUCUCUGUCUGUAAAAGCUGCAAGUGUCCUGAAGAGUUUUCUCAACAAGGACCCAAAGGAACGAUUGGGUUGUCAUCCUCAAACAGGAUUUGCUGAUAUUCAGGGACACCCAUUCUUUCGAAAUGUUGAUUGGGAUAUGAUGGAGCAAAAGCAGGUGGUACCUCCCUUCAAACCAAAUAUUUCUGGGGAAUUCGGUUUGGACAACUUUGAUUCUCAGUUUACUAAUGAACCUGUCCAGCUCACUCCAGAUGACGAUGACAUUGUGAGGAAGAUUGAUCAGUCUGAAUUUGAAGGUUUUGAGUACAUCAAUCCUCUCUUGAUGUCUGCAGAAGAAUGUGUCUGA